AUGGAGACGGCACAGGGGACAUGGGAUCUCGGCUCGCUCGGUGAGGUGAAUGGUGACAGCCAGAGCAGCCCAGGGUCGGUCCCCAUUGCAUUGACAAAAUCUCUUUCAGAAGCAGAGACGCUACAGUCCAUGGAGACGACUUCUCCUGGAUCGGAUACCGGCAAGGAGUUGGUGUCCCCAAAAGACGAGUACUCCCGUGUGCCAAAGGAGGAAACUCCGUCGCCGACGACAAUACCUCAGGCCCCUCCCUGGCAAAGCCGACAUGCGCAGUGGCAGCACUGGCAAUGGCAGCAAUGGCAAUACCAGCACAGGGUGGCGCCGGCGGCGCAUCCCCAUGCGGCCCACACGGCCCACACGGCCCACGCCCACGCGGCCCACGCGGCCCAUGCGCACCUCCAUUUUCAACCGCCCCGCCAGGUCAGCUUGCAGCCUCCGUCCCCAAAUGAGGUGCAAGAGCUGGAGAGCCUGGAGAGCCUGGAGAGCCUGGAGAGCCUGGCUGGCAAGAAGUUCCACAGCAUUCAGGAGCUGGAGAAUGCCAUGAAGCGGAGUUCCGACUCGAUGGACAAGGAGAAGGAUCCUCUGCAGCCAUACGGCCAUUCGCCUUUGGCAGGGCACGCGAAUCACAGCCAGCUUCGAACCCCGAAGUCGAAGUUGCCGUUGCCCCCACCGCCUCCGCCGCCACCGCCCACACACGCGCAGGCGCCGCAGGCGCCUUCUCAGUUUCAAGGCGGCAUGACAAUGCAGACGGGCACGGUGAGGCGGCUCUUUCCUGGCAAAGGCUUCGGCUUCGUCGCACGUGACGAUGGAGGGCGUGGCGCCAGGCAUGGACGAGGCGACGUGUUCCUGCACUUCUCGGACCUUGAGCCCGGAGUUGGUUCAUCCGAGCUCGCUGUGGGCGCACGGGUCAAGUUCUACUGGGAGGAGCCGGCGGACGCGCAGCGCGGGCCUGGGGGCCGCGCCCGGCGCGUCUCGCUUAGCGACCUCCCGGAGCCUCCGGAGCAAGGCUUGCCACCCAUGCCGGUUCCCUACGCUUUUGCAACUCAUCCAUUGCAGAGCUCUGCCGUUGAAGUCACGGCAACUACGCCGGUGUCGCAGCUGGCUGGCAUGAGCACCUGGAGCACUCCAUCUUCGCUUGCCACUCCGGCAGCACGGCCACGGCAUACAGGAAGAGUCUACCGCCGAGAGAACCUCCUGGCGGUGGAGGUCCAGAUGCGUUCUGCUGGCCAUUUGCGAGACCCCAGGCCCGUUGGGGUGCCUCGCCUCCUUCCGAUGCCGAAGUGGUACUGGGACAACGACGGCUGUGUGAGCGAGGAUGAGACGGACGACGAGGCCCGCCUGCGGGCGCUGGAGGCGCGCCUUGACCGAGAGAACGGCGCCGAUGCCAAGAAUGUCGAGACCUUCGGCGAGGCUUGGGCGGUUGAGGCCUGGACCUUUGAGGAUGCUCUUGCCGCGAACCAGAGGAUCGCUGCUCACGAGCGUGCGGCAGGCUUAGCGGCACCUGGGGUUCUCCCGGAGCCGCCAGGGCCACCAGUCACGCCACCAGCCUCACCGAGCUGCGCCGACCUCUCCCUCGACAGACGAGAUUGCUCGGAGGAGGUGCUGAGCAUCCCGACAAUGAUCUUGCAGUAA